GACCUCUGAGUCAAUAGUUUGGGCUGCAGAGACCAGAGCCAGAGUCCAGAGAAAUGGCCUCUUGGGGCCGGGUCUACACCCGGCAGUCCACGAACCCAGGCAUCCGGGCCCUACGAGGCCACAGUUUGGGGGUGCUGCUGGACCGGGCCCGGGAGAUCCAGAGGAAACUGGACCAGGGGGUCGAGAAGCCAUUCCAGUUGGUGAUCGACUGCCAAGCUGGAGAUCUCCAGGCCGCGGGGAGUCCGAGUUGCAGCUUCCUACGCCAGGUGCUGGCCGCCUGCGCUUACCCAGAGCUGCUGGAAACUGGGGAGCUGCCAACGGACGUCUGCCAGAGAGCGCGCCGCAUCCUGUGGGAACUCGAGGGAUGCAGCAUAGGCUCCUACAAUCUGCUGUUCCUGGAAGGGCCGCUGGCUCGGAGUCUGGCCGGCUUCUUGGAGCAGCGAGACGGGGGCCUCCCCUGCAGCCCUCUGGACGUGAUGCCCUGCGGCGCGACCUGCAAAGCCAUCGCGAACAUCCUGAACAUGCUGAUGGACCGAGAGGCCCUGCUGAAGACGGGGGUCCUGCUCCCCGCCCCCGGCCCCCCGGUCCUGGCCGAGGCCGUGGCCCUGGUGGGCGGCGUGGAGCUGCGGUACCAGCUGGACGAGGAGCGGGGCUGGGCGCUGGACGUGGACGUGGUGGAGAGGGUGCUGAGGGAGGGGCGGGCGCGCUGCCGUCCCAAAGUAUUGUGUGUGGUCAACCCGGGGAACCCCACAGGCCAGGUGCUGAGCCGGGAAACCAUGGAAGCCGUGAUCCUCCUGGCCGCCCGGGAGCGGCUGCUGCUGCUGGCCGACGAGGCGUACCAGGAUUUGGUCCUCGGGCCCGGUUGCCGCUUCCUCUCCUUCCGCCGGGUGCUGCUGGAGCUGGGGCCGCCCCCGGCUCGCUCCCUGCAGCUCAUCUCCUUCGCCUCCCUCUCCUCCAGCCUGGUCGCCGAGUGUGGGUUCCGGGCCGGCUUCUUCGACGUGGUGAACGUGGACCGGACCCUUCUGAGCGGCCCCUACAAGAAUCUGAACAGCAUGAGUAUCCCGCCCAGCCUGGGCCUGGUGGCCCAGAGGGCUCUGAGUGACCCGCCCGGCCCCGGGGAGCCGUCCUACCUCCGCUUCACUCAGGAGAAGCAGGCGGUGCUGAAAGCCCUGGCGGAGAAGGCUCGGCUGACGGAAAGCGUCUUCAACCAGGCCCCGGGCAUCCGCUGCAAUCCCGUGCAGGGCGCCGUGUACUCCUUCCCCCGCAUCUCGCUGCCCGCCCGAGCCCUGGAGCGAGCACAGGCCCAGGGCCUGGACCCAGAUUUCUUCUUCUGCCAGUCCCUCCUGGAGGAGACGGGGAUCCUGGUAGCCCCGGGCUGCAGCUUCGGGCAGGCCCCGGGCACCCAUCACCUCAGACUGAGCCUGGCCCCGCCACUGAAGACGCUGAGCCGGACUCUCCGCGCCCUCACCCUCUUCUACGGCCGCUUCGUGGAGGAGAACAGCUGACCGAACGGAAUCGGGCUCCGUCUCUCUUUUAUUACACUUUUCUCCAACUCCCCGA